ACAUCAAGAUGAUUUUGGUGGUGUGAUUUAUUUGGAAUAUUAUUUUGAAUCCACGCUAAAGAAUUCAUAGUUGGUCAAAACCCUUAUGUAGCGCACUGUCUGUUAAGCCCUUUAACGCAUAUCCCUCUUGGUAGCCUCUCCAGCAGCCAACCACCCAGUGCCUGAAGCUUUCUAGUUCCAUUGUUGUGCGGCCUGAGGGAAGGUGUUUAAGCUCUGUGUGCCUGGGUUUCCCUCCCGGAUACUCCAGAGUCAAUCUGAGGUUGGAUUAGCCAGCAGUGUGGUCUGUCUGGGCCUGGCAGAGAAUAGCUUGGCGCACAGAACCAGCGCUCAUCGGUGAAGGAGGCGUCUUCCCCGGACAGCGGGGAAGGCACCUAGCAGACAGGAGCGGCGGAGUCCGGGCCCUGGCAGCUUCUGGCGACAGAAUGUGCCCCACCCUCGAGGCAUGGUUGGCAUCCGCCCCGCCCCGACGGCCAGUCCAAUGGGCGCUUCCGGAGACAUGUGGGGCCCACCCCAGCUCCCGGACUUGGGCGCUCUCCCAACUCUAAGCAAUUCGCUCCAAGGUGCAGGUGUCUGCUUCAGAGACACCGACGUCUCCGCGCGGAGCCCGGAGUGUGCCCAGGCAGAUGGAUGGGGGCCCAGGACACCCAUGAUGGCUUCUCCCCGACCGGUGAUACCUACCUCCGGGUCCCACUCGCUCCCUCCACCCCCACCUUUAGUAGUAGCGGUACAGACACCCUGUAGACGUGUGUCCGCGCUCGGGCCCGCCCCAGAGCCCCCAUUGGUUGAGUUCACUAAGGGGAGGAGCCGAGGAAGCGCUCCGGGUUCUAGUCCCCGAAAGUCGGUCCUGCUCCGGACACUCGCUAUUCCCUACCGCGCGGGCCCACGUUGCUCUGCGGGACCUACAGGCUGGGCUGCUGCCUGCGGAGCGCGUGGAGCGCAGUCGUCUUAGAGCUGCCCGCGACAGGUGCGAACUCGGGAUCCGCGGCGCUGUCCCAUCCUUGUCGUCGAGGCGUCGCUGGAUGCGAGUCCGCUAAACGUCCGAGAUGGCUGCGCGUCCGGGACUCCUAUGGCUACUGGGCCUGGCUCUGUGCGUGUUGGGCGGCGGUCACCUCUCGCAUCCCCCGCACGUCUUUCCCCAGCGUCGACUAGGAGUACGCGAGCCCCGCGACAUGCAGCGCGAGAUUCGGGAGGUGCUGGGGCUGCCCAGCAGCCAGCGUCUGCGCCCCUCUUUAUGUUGGACCUGUACCGUGCCAUGACGGAUGACAGUGGCGGUGGGACCCCGCAGCCUCACUUGGACCGUGCUGACCUGAUUAUGAGCUUUGUCAACAUAGUGGAACGCGACCGUACCCUGGGCUACCAGGAGCCACACUGGAAGGAAUUCCACUUUGACCUAACCCAGAUCCCUGCUGGGGAGGCUGUCACAGCUGCUGAGUUCCGGAUCUACAAAGAACCCAGUACCCACCCGCUCAACACAACCCUCCACAUCAGCAUGUUCGAAGUGGUCCAAGAGCACUCCAACAGGGAGUCUGACUUGUUCUUUUUGGAUCUUCAGACGCUCCGAUCUGGGGACGAGGGCUGGCUGGUGCUGGACAUCACAGCAGCCAGUGACCGAUGGCUGCUGAACCAUCACAAGGACCUAGGACUCCGCCUCUAUGUGGAAACCGAGGAUGGGCACAGCAUAGAUCCUGGCCUAGCUGGUCUGCUUGGACGACAAGCACCACGCUCCAGACAGCCUUUCAUGGUUGGUUUCUUCAGGGCCAACCAGAGUCCUGUGCGGGCCCCUCGAACAGCAAGACCACUGAAGAAGAAGCAGCUAAAUCAAAUCAACCAGCUGCCGCACUCCAACAAACACCUAGGAAUCCUUGAUGAUGGCCACGGUUCUCACGGCAGAGAAGUUUGCCGCAGGCAUGAGCUCUAUGUCAGCUUCCGUGACCUUGGCUGGCUGGACUCUGUCAUUGCCCCCCAGGGCUACUCCGCCUAUUACUGUGCUGGGGAGUGCAUCUACCCACUGAACUCCUGUAUGAACUCCACCAACCACGCCACUAUGCAGGCCCUGGUACAUCUGAUGAAGCCAGAUAUCAUCCCCAAGGUGUGCUGUGUGCCUACUGAGCUGAGUGCCAUUUCUCUGCUCUACUAUGAUAGAAACAAUAAUGUCAUCCUGCGCAGGGAGCGCAACAUGGUAGUCCAGGCCUGUGGCUGCCACUGAGUCCCUGCCCAACAGCCUGCUGCCAUCCCAUCUAUCUAGUCAGGCCUCUCUUCCAAGGCAGGAAACCAACAAAGAGGGAAGGCAGUGCUUUCAACUCCAUGUCCACAUUCACAGUCUUGGCCCUCUCUGUUCUUUUUGCCAAGGCUGAGAAGAUGGUCCUAGUUAUAACCCUGGUGACCUCAGUAGCCCAUCUCUCAUCUCCCCAAACUCCCCAAUGCAGCCAGGGGCAUCUAUGUCCUUUGGGAUUGGCACAGAAGUCCAAUUUACCAACUUAUUCAUGAUCACUACUGGCCCAGCCUGACUUGAACCUGGAACACAGGGUAGAGCUCAGGCUCUUCAGUAUCCAUCAGAAGAUUUAGGUGUGUGCAGACAUGACCACACUCCCCCUAGCACUCCAUAGCCUGUCUCUUGGGGGUGCAAAAUGGGAUUUCUAGAGAAGAGUUUAAAAAAUAUGGAAAAGCUAGGUAUAGUAAUGCACACUUGUAAUCUUAGCACUUGGGAAGCUGAGGCAAGUUCAAGGCCAGCCUGGGAUAUAUAUCAAGAUCUCAUUCAUAUCUAUCUAUCUAUCUAUCUAUCUAUCUAUCUAUCUAUCUAUCUAUCUAUCUAUCUAUCUAUCUAUCUCUAUAUAUAUAUCAAGAUCUUCCUUCAAAACAAACAAAGCAAAACCCUGGUGUAUUUAUGGAUCUCAGUCACUAAACCUCUGGCCACAGGCAGCCACAAGAGGCCAGCUAAUGAAAAAACCUAUUGCGGAUUUAUCAUCUGGAUUUAGGCAUCGUCAUUAAAGAAAAUGCCAACAGUUUCCCUGAUCCAUAGUCCUUGGUGCAGCUACUAUAGGCUGGCACACAGUCACACACCUUGACAACAGCCAGAAAAAGUUGUGCCCUGUCUUGGUGCUGGAGCAAAGGUAUCACAAACAAGGUGACCCCAGAACAGCAGCCAGGCAGUCCUCAGGUAAGAGGCACUGCCCCUCAGGUGCUCACGGUCCGUGCAGAGGUGGCAGAGCUGGUAUGGCAGGGUGAGGAGAAACACAGCUAUGCUACUAAGCAUUCUUGCCCUGGCUCCAGAGCUAUGCUGGACUCCUGCCCAGCAGAGGACCAGCGUCCCAUGUCUUCCCAUAAGAGGACUAUGACAUCUAUCAAGAACUGCAGCCUCCCUAGCUACCUUCUAGAGCUGUCUUUCCUGAAGACCCCCAACAAAUUGAGACUAAACCCAGUAGGCUUCUCGGGACUCUCUUGGCACUGGCAAUAAGCAGGCCAAGCUCCAACCUACCUCCACUGCACCAUCUGGAUGAUCUCUGGCAGAGGUUUGGUUCAUCUGUGCAGGGUUUGUGACAGCUAAUCUUGGUUAUCAACUUGACACCUGGGACCCUCCAGUAGGGAAUUGCCUCCAUCAGACUGGGGCAUUUUUGUGAUGGAGGAAAAUCCAAUCCAAUGUGGGCAGUACAAUCUCUGAGCAGGUUGUAUAAACAGCAGCAUUCAUCCACGGUUGCUGCCCUGACUUCCCUCAGUGAUAAACUAUGAUGUACAAGUCAAGUAAGUAAAGCCCUUCCUCACGUUG